AUUAAAAUAGCGGAAUAAGAUAUUAUGUGUAAACUUAUAUAACAGUCUAUGCAAGUAUAUGUUCAGAUAAAUUGGAUGUAUCUCGUUUUCUUGGUAUGAAAAUAAUAGAGUAGUAAAAAGGCUUAAAAAGACAAAAAUCAGUUUUAGAAACAUGUUUGUGGCUUUGCUGUUCCUGCUGAUGCAACCGGCUUUCGGCAUUUACCACGACCUUUACCAACAUGGUGGAAGUAUUCAACAUUUUCGACGACAAUCAAACUAUAUACCUCGAUAUCCCACUGUUUACCCGCCGUUUACCACGACCAGUGAGCCAGGAACUACGCCCGAGAAAGUAACAAUUAGUCCGGAAGAUGAGCAGAAAGCAGACGAGAUAGGUAUACGGAUACCUCCGGAUGAAUGUAUUAUAUCAUGGGACCAGUUUAAAGAGCACGUUGUUGGUAGAAACUGGCUGGACAUCUACGAUAUAGAUGAUGAUGAUGCACUUUUUCCAGGGGCUAUAACAUUGGAAUCUGGUCAAUGA